GGUUACUCACACUAAGGUUACUGACCUGAUCCGCUCCGCACGAUUGUGGCAGUGUUGUGGCGGAUUUGGAAAGCAUGAAAUUGGGUGGUAUUUGGCUCGGCUCAAGAUACAGUGCAUAACUAUAUGGUUAUGCACCCAUCAGUAACUAAAUCUGGACAUUUUAUUUAGAGAAUUCAUAUCUAAGGGUGGAGAAUAGACAUUUUUAUUUUUCCCUUGUUUUCUUAAUCGACCUUCGUUUUAACUCGGAUUUUUUUUUUUGCACAGAUGAACGAGUAUGUUGUGCUCUACAAAAUGAGAUCCAUUUUCAAUAUUUUUUUAGAAUUUUUUUUUCGUGUCUCUCGGUACCAACUGCAUACCAUAUGGUAUGUUCUUCGUUUUUGAAAUUUUUUGCACAAAAGGAACGAGUUCAUCAUGAGCUAUUGGAUCUACAAAUUUUUGGGUGAACAAAAUAUAGGACCAAAAAUACCCACACAAUAUCACACAAUACCACCAUGGUACAGAGUGGUAUCUUGUGGUACACAAUGUUAAAAGUCGUAAAUGAUAGUUAAUAUACUUCUACUAUAAUGUAUUCAACCAUCUUACAGUUUUGGUUUGUUCAUACCACCAUGAUACUCUUUUCAUAUCAUAGGUAUGCUCUUAUUUCAAUAUCAGUCAAUACCAUGUGGUAUAGACUGGUAAAAAAUGACUCAAUGUUUUUGUUCCAAAAAUAUAUCAAAGUGGAUAUCAUUUUGAAAAGCACAAUUAAUCUAAUCUAAAUGUGAAAAAAUUAAAUUUUGACUUAAAAUGAGCGAGAAAUCGUCUAUUAAAGAUUAAAAGUGUAAAAUUAAAGGCUUUUCAGGAGAGAGAAGGGGCGCCGAUGUGGCGAAUUCUAAUUGGGUUAUGCAUAGUUAUUGACCACAAGGUAUUAACUGGAUCCACUCCCAUUUGGCUCCAGAUACAGUAUGGGUGGGCACACGGUUGGGUAAACCCCGACCCAACCCAAAACCGAAUUAAACCGAACCAAAAUCGAAAUAAUGCUAUUUGGUUCGGAAUUCAGAAGGAAAAUAUGGACAUUUAAUAUUUGGGUUAAUUGCAUGGUUGGUCACUGAAAUUACAAAAAUCGUUCAAGUUUGGCCACUCGAAAUAUUUAAAUCCAUUGAUGGUACUUCAGUUUACUCAAACCGUUCACGUUUGGCCACUCUCCAUCCAACUCCGUUAACUUUGACUGAUGUGACAGUCAACUCUCAAAGUUGACCGUUAACUUAAUGAUGUGGCAACUAAAAAAUUAUUAAAAAUAAAAAAAUAAAUUUUUAUAUUUUCCACCUCAUUCAUUAAAAAAUAAAAAAUCUAAUACUCUACCCGACCCAACCUCCACCGCCGUGGAAUCCGACCACCGUAGCAACACCCCACAACCACCAGCACCACCCAACUCUGACUCUUGCCCCAUCCCCGUCCCCGACUCUAGCUUCAAUCCCUCCUCCCACUCCUCCGCCGCCGCUACUGCACAAGGUAAUUAACGGCUUGAUUGCCAGCCCUUUUUUUGUCUCAAUUUCGAAUUUAAGGCCAACAAUCACUCUGUAGUUUCCGCUGGUUUCACGAAGUAGGAGGAUUUGGAAGCUACUGUUGGAAUCCAAGGACUCCAAAAUUGCACGAAUUAGCAUCCCCUCCAUCCCGGCGGAGCCCCGAUCUUCGAGGAAGCGACCAAAUUCUGCUAUGACAUCCACGUCGACAUCAACCUCUCAAACGUCGCGAUGCUGCGCUGCGCAUCCCAUUUCCUAGAGAUGACGGAGGAAUUCGCCGACAAGAACCUCGUAUCUCGAGCCGUAGUGCAAGUGGCGGCAAUCGGGAGUUGCAAAACCCUAACACCCGCAGUAAGAAGUAAAGAUUCGAGUCAUUCCAUUGGAUAUCAGUUGGGUUCAGGGCGUUCGAGGAGUACCGAGACUUGUAAGAGGGGGAGGAGCUUUUUCGUGGUGGUUCCAAUCGAUGAGAGUUCCAACGGGUGGCAGGGGAAAUCAUUGAAAAGCUUGUUUUGGGAACCUGCAGCUGUGUGAAGAAAGGAAAGAAUUUGUGGGCGGUGAGUGCUAGUAAUGGACUGAAAGUUGUGUUGUUUUCGGAUCCAGUUCAAGCUCCAUGAUUUCAAACGAGGGCCAAUGAUGGAUUGACGGUGGUGCUAGCAGCAAGUCGAUUCGGGUUGAGGCCUGAGGGCAGAGUGGUUGAACGUCUGAAGCCUAGGUUUUGAAAAGAUGGCCAUUGCUGCGUCGACGGCUAAUUCCUGUAGGUACGAUUUGGAGAGGAGGAUUGGGCUUCAGCUUGACCGGGCCAUGUGGAAAGGAUUGAAGCGGUGGUGGAGGUUGGGUUGGGUCGGGUAUUAGGUUUUUUAUUUUUAUUUUUUAAUGAAUGUAAUAAGGAGGUGGAAAAUAUAAAAAAAAUAUUUUUUUAGUUGUCACGUCACUAAUUUAACGGUCAACUUUGAGAGUUGACUGCCACAUCAGCCAAAGUUAACGGAGUUGGACGGAGAGUGACCAAACCUGAUCAGUUUGAGUAAACUAAAGUACCACCAAUGAAUUUAAAUAUUUCGAGUGACCAAACUUGAACUUUUUUGUAAUCUCAGUGACCAACCAUGCAAUUAACACUUUAAUAUUUCGGAAAUCAAGGUUCUUUCAACCAAACCGAAAUUCUGAAAUUCAGACCGAAAUACCGAAAAUACUAUAAUUGCAACCUCCAAAUGGUGGAUUUUUAUGUUUGUAGUUGUUUUUAGACUUAAAUAUUUGAAAUCUUUUAUAAAUUAUGUGUUGAAAAGUUUGAUUUUAUCAUUGAUGAUGCAUAUAAUUGCAUAUUUAUUGUUUAUAUUAGGGGUGAAAAAUAAUUUAAAAGUGAGAAGAUACAAGUAGCCUCACAAAUUCGGUUUUGUGUGAAAAACCGAAUUAUAAUUCGGUUUAAACCGACCGAAGUGAAUUAUAAUUCCGUUCAAAUUUGGUUUUUGGUUUGGGAGAAUUCGGGACCCGGUAUUCAUAAUUCCAGCUCGGUCGAAACCGAACCGACCGAAUGCCCACCCCUAAGAUACGAGGCUCAAGGGGAGAAGAUCCAGUCAAUAACUAUGCAUAACCCAAUCAAAAUCUGCCACAUCGGUGCCUAUUCUCUCUCUUGUAAAGCCUUUAUUUUUUCUUCUUUAAUCUUUAAUGGACGAUUUCUCACUCAUUUUGAGUCGAUUUUUUUUUGCACAGUUAGAUCAGAUUGAUUGUGCUCUUCAAAAUGAUAUAAACUUUGAUAUAUGUUUGGAACAAAAAAAAAAUGAGCCAUUUUUUUACCAAUCUAUACCAUAUGGUAUUGACUGGUAUUGAAAUAAGAGCAUAACAUAUGGUAUGACAAGCGUACCAUGGUGGUAUGAACAUACGAAGACUGUAGGAUUGUUGAAUACAUGAUAGUAAGAGUAUACUAUCUGUCAUUUACGACUUUCAACAUUGUGUACCACAAGAUACCACCCCGUACCAGGGAGGUAUUGUGUGGUAUUUUUUGGUACUGUAUUUUGUUCACCAAGAAAUUUGUAGGUCCAAUAAAUCAUGAUGAACUCGUUCAUUCUGUGCAAAAAAUUUCAAAAACGACUUAAAAACGAAGAAAUACCAUAUGAUAUGCAGUUGGUAACGAGAGGCAUAUUUUUUAUUUUGCAAAAAAAAAAAAAAAAAAAAAAAUGGUUCUCGUUUUGUAAAUCACAACGAAUCGUUCCAUCUGUACAAAAGAAAUUGAAAUCCGAGUUAAAACGAAGAAUAUAUGAGCCGAUUAAGAAAAUGGUUAUGCACCCAUGAGUAAUUAAAUCUGGACCCUUCAUUCAGAAAAUCUAGAUCUAAAGAUGGAGAAUUAAAGACAUUUUUAUUU